GCUAUCCGAUAACUUCGUCAACAAAUCGUGACGUCACUUCUGGUCAGUUCAGGCGGGCUGCUUAAAACCAGAAGCUGGUUAUUCCUUCGUCGCCGCACAAAAUUAGUAUAAUUUUCUAAAUUACUGUACUGGGGAAUUUAAGUAAAAUCUUUUCUUCGUCGGUGAAAUGUUAGACUUUUAAUCCGAAUCAGUUUCGUUCCAUAGUACGUGUUAGCUUAAUGUAAUCGAAGGAUAAAGUAGCGGCUAACUCGCCGUUGAUGUGCAUAGCAGUGAUCGUUGAUAAAGGUUAUUAUUUGGAGUAAAUCUUCUAAAGGGAUGGAGCGGCCGUCGAGAAAAGCGAAAGUUGUGAAUUAUUGUGAAGCCAAGGAUUUUGAGGAUGAUGAAGAUUUUGCCUCGGUGAAAGCACCACCGCACAAAAAACCCAAGGAAGAAGUGAAACAACAACAACAGAGGAAAUCUUCAAGUCAAGAAAUAGUCUCUGAGUCGUCACAGAAAGAAAAAAUCAGAAAACCGCUGGAUGAAAAACUUUAUGAACGAGAUCUGGAGGCGGCCAUCACACUUUCUUUGCUCAACAAAACAGACAGACUGAAGGAGUCGUCUUCUAAAGAUGAAAAGAUUCAAACCCCCAUCGAUGAAAAUACAGAUCCGGCUUCUUUGCACUUUUCUAACUGCAGUGUAGAUGGAGCCGUUAUGGGCUUAGACGUAAUCUCGUCAGAGAUUAGAUCAUCCGCCUCGAAGAAGACUUCAUCUAAAACCGCAGAAAUUAUAAAAAUUAAAGAUGACGACGACGACUAUCAACCCAAACUCACACCCGAUUCAGAAAGUGAUGAAGAUUUCAGUGAGCCAGCUGAGAGUGAGGAGGAAGAAUUUACAGUUAAGAAAUCCAAAAAGAAGGACAAAGUCUCCACAAAAGUUAGAACCAAAUCAGCGGCGUCUUCUAAAAAGGACAAACAACCGUCAAAACCAUCAAAGAUGAAGCCUGAAGCUGCUUCCAAACCAGUAAAAAGUCCUCCACCUUCCAAACCCACACCUACGAGACCUCCUCCCUCAAAGCCUGCAUCCUCUUUGAGCCCGGCGGCAGGGAGAGUCCCCAAGUGGAACCCACCCGCUCAGAUUGGUAAAAGCGCCUCAUCGUCACACAGUCCACCGGUGAAGUCGCCCAGCCAGGGGCUGCGACUCGGACUGUCCCGUCUGGUCCGGGUCAAGCCGCUCCAUCCCAGCGUCGCAAGUCACUAGCGCCUCAUGGAGCACCAGGAACGGACGAUUUUCAGAGAAGAUCAUAAAAUUAAUUCUGGUCUCCCGGUUAUUUAUGACACAAGUCUAAAACUUGAACUCAAAUUUCCACCUUAAAAGCAUCACAAAGUCUACACAUUCUGGUCUUUGUUAGUAAAUCUUUUAUUCUUUGUGUGAGUUUGAGAAAACUGUUUGUGAGGAAACUAAACCGUUUCUCUUUUUAAUUCAAAUGCUUUAUUUUCUGACAUUUUCAUAGCCUUAUCAAUUCUUUUGUUUUUUUCUUUUUACUUGUUCUGCAAACUUUGUAUAUUAUGUACAUAAAACUCAAAUAAAACUAGAAAAGUUGCAUUA